CAAACUUUAAAUUUUUCUGAAAUCAAAAUCUGUGUGGACGAAUCAAUCAACCCUGAGAAGCCUUCUUCAAUCCUACGCAUCGUUCUCUCAUUUCACCGAUUUUUUUCUUGCCCUUUUCCUUUGAACCAAAUCAUCUCCACGUGAUCUGAUCGGUUUUGUUUUCUUUUUUUUUUUUACAAAAUUAGGGUUUUUGUUUAUGUUCUAAUCCGAAUCCCUCAGUUUCAAUUAAGAUCGGUGAUGCAAUUCGAAGGCUUGAUAUGAAAAGAUCUGAAGACUUGAUGCCACAACUUGCGUUGCGUGGAUUCCGAGACAACUGUUGAUGGAAAGAGAAACGGAGCCAAGUUUGUCGGAAAAUUCGAGAAGAAGCGAUCGAGAAGAUGUGAAGAUUAUAGAGUGGGAAGAAUUCGACCAUGAGCUCACGAGGUUAUGGAGUCUUUCUUCUGCUCUGAAGUUAGCCACAGAGAAGAAGCAAAUCCUCCAGCCCAAACUUGAGUCUCUUAUUCAGCGGGCGGCUAAAUUUCGGGCAGGUUAGUACUGAGUCAUUGAGGCGCACUAAUGAGCUUGAAGAAAUGCGUCAGAGGCUGGAAGCAAGAAAAUUGCUGGUGGACAAGACAUCAGUUGCUUGCAAAGUUACUGAGCAGGAUGUUAAAAAGAAAGAGGAGAAUCUCAGUACAGAAGUGAGAUCUUUACUGGUGGGCGGCACAACUCUUUCCUUCGCGAAAAGCAAAUUGCAGGAGUCAAACUGCCAACUAGAAGGUGAAAGUGGUUAUGCACAUCUAAAGAUUGUAACGAAUAAGCUGAGGAAAAGGCAGCAGUACAUGAUAUCUCAAGUUUCAUUUAUAUAUCCCUUGAAGAUUGAGGCUGGACCUUCACAAGACCAAGAACUGGAAUCAUUUCCAGGUGGCAGUAGAUUAGUAACUAAGCCUCUGUGUCAAGGAUCCGUGAGAAUUCUGGGGUUGCCUUUUAGUAUGGCCCCGUUUACAAAGAUGAGCUUCUUCACCGACAAGAAAGAAGUUCAGAAGUUGGCAACUGCCCUAGGAUAUGUAGCCCAUGCCGUGUCCCUAAUAGCUCCUUACUUGAGAGUGCCUAUUCGUUAUCCUUUGCGCCUUGGUGGUUCGAAAACAUACAUUCGAGACUAUGCACCUUACAUUGAGCCUUCAUCAUCAGACAUGUCUCUAAUUUCCACUCUUUCCCAAAAUUCUAAAUUCGUAGAGUUCCCUCUGUUUCUGGAUGGUCAAGAUACAACUCGAGCUGCCUAUGCUGUCUUUUUAUUAAACAAGAACAUUGAGCAACUCUUGAACUUUGUGGGGGAAGAUAGUCUAGGACCACGUCAGGUUCUAGCAAACCUGAAGGAGCUGAUCCGAAUCAUCCAAUCUCCAGAUUAUAUCAAUUAUUUAUGAUAAUGAUGAAGAUAUCCAUCACUGUUUUGUCCUCACGUAGAUCGAUCCAUUCCGUCUCACACACUGUUUUCUCCUCAAGUCAGACACUUUGUGGAGGUAAAAAGGUCAGAUUAUUUAUUUCGUUAGAGAACUUUUUAGACAUGGAACUCUUCUCCUUAGGAUGAGACCCAUCUCUCUAAGUGUGAUGUUUUUUGGUUUGGAGGAGAGACGGGCAAUAAACAAAAGCAAGCGUAGUCUAUUAUACAGUUCUUUUGAAAGUUCUAACAAAUGUAUUAGUUUUGUUUUUGUUUUUCCUUUUUUUUUUUUUGGUUUUUUUCUUUGUAUCAUUUCAAAUAUGUUUGAAUUUGUAAGUUAAUAAUGAGCCUGUUGCAUGAGUCA